UCAUCAGCCUCGUACUCGUACACCUUUCCAAAGAGUGGCCCUCAAAAUAGCAACACACCUCAAGGAUCGGCAUGCUUUUCGAACUCUUCGGUCACUCACACGCGCUAAUGUGGUAACGCUUGUGGCUGACUCGGGAGAUCUGCAGCUUUUGCGUGAUGCCGGCAGAGAAUUGGUAAACUUCCGAUGCUACCGUCACGACAGGGUAGCUUGGAUUGACAGUGGAUAUGAUGAUGGUAAGUGCUGGGGCAAUUUGUGAUAUAUAACCCUGCCUGGCUGCCCUCGGAACUGGGUACUCAUAUCCAAACUUUUUACAGCAACUCAAGCUCCAUCGUUAUCCCUUCCAGUACAACAUAAACCAAAUUCACCUUUACACAAUCGAACAUCCUUCAAUAUGCGUUUCUCCAACCUCGUAUCCACACUCACCACCCUCUCCGCCGCCUCCGCGCGCAUCAUUGGCAUCGAAGCCCCCUCCACCCUCGCACCGAACAGCACAUUCAACCUUACUCUCCUGACGGAAAACUACAUCCAAACCGUCACCGACAUCUCUGUAGCAUGGGGCUACGCCCUCGCACCCGGCUACCCCGCUUCUCUCGGCGCCUUCACACAAAGCUCCUACUUGGGCCCCAACAAGAGCAACACGCUCGAGAACAUCACUGUUGAAGCGACGGUGCCAGAGGGCCUUGACAGUGAUAGCUGGAAUGGCAGUUUGGUGCUGAGCGCUGGUGUGUACAGUUUGUAUGGUGCGAGCUCGGGGCCGGUUAUUACGGGGUUCAAUGUCACGGUGAAGGUUGGGGAGGAGACGAGUGAGGAGGUUGUGAGGAGUAAUGGUACGGCGUGGAUUGUGAACACCCAAAGCCAGGUUUAAACUCAGUGAUCUGCUCCUGUACUAGUGUUGCCUCGGCUUUAUUAUAACGAUUUAUUGAAGAAUCAUAAGAUCAUGUCAC